AUGUGGCGCCACGUCCUCGCGCGUCCUGCCGCGCGUUGGAGCAGUUCUGGACGUGGGGUACUGACGCUUCGUACAGCAUUCGAUUGGCCGUGUCUUGCUCUGCGUGUCCGUGGCUUGAAGCGCUUUUCUUCGUCGUCCAAGUCUACGCCGUCGCGCUUCUUGAGUCUGGCGGACAAGGAGAAGGAGAGGGACGCGCGUGGUGAGGGACGAGGCAGUGGAGACGAAGAUGGAGAGGAGGAAGAGGAACGGGACGAGGACGAGGACGACGACAGUGAGGGACGAGAUGGCGACAUUGAAGUGGACACGAUUCCGGACGUGAAUCGAGGCGGAGUGAUGGAGAACGACGAGCUGGACGAGCUCGUGAUGGAGCUGUUUAUGGAGAACCCUCUGCGGUGGACCUCGACGGUCUUGGCACGCAAGUUCCACCUGUCCAAGCCUCGUGUGGAAGCUAUUAUCUGGAUGAAGCGCAUGGAAGCAGAGCUCUCGCCUGAAGAGUUUCGCUUGAAGGUUCAAGAAGUGAAGGCCAAGGCGCAGCGUGAGAUAGAUGAGCAGGCCAGAAAACUGGCUGAAGCGGAAGCUGCUGGCAAUUCGAAGGAGGUGAUACGCUUGACAAAACGUGCUCGUCAAGAAGAGGAGGCGACGGAGCCGGAUGAGGAGCUGGAUGUCCGCGAGGAGGCGAUGCUGAUGGGGAUUGACGACGAUGCAUUUCGGAACCCCGAUUUUUUCUUCCUAAGUGAUGAGUUUGAGGGGUACCCGCCGCUUGUGCGACGUAUGGGGAAGCAUGGGCACACGGACCAGUUGUACCCGGAGGAGGCGCUCGAAUUGCAGCGGUUGGCAGGAAACAAUAAGAUUGAAGUGCAAAAGAGCUUUGCGAAUCUCCAAUACGGCGAGACGAAAGCCAAGUUCCGUUUAGCGGUGAAGGACACUACUACCAAGAAGAAACACUUGCUGGUGCGCGACGAAAGCCGUGGACUGCGUCUAGCUACGAACGAUGAAGUGCUGCCUCGUACAUGGGUGCGCAGGCCAGCCCACUUUCGAGGACUAGACAAGGAGCUUGCAUAG